AUGGGAUUUUUUAAGGAAACUCAAGAUAAAGGUAAUGAAAUAUUAAAUUCAAUACUAAGUAUGGCAUCAGCCUCUGUAAUGGUCAAGUCGACAGGACAACAGUGGUCUCAAGUCAAGAAGGUUUUAAAAGAAGAUCCGACUUUAAUAAAAAAGGAUCUUGCUAUCAUUAAAGAUUGGUUGAAGAAACAGCCACAUCUACCUAAUGAGUGGGAGGAUACCUGUUUGAUAUCUUUUCUUCGAGGAUGUGAUUUCUCGAUCGAAAGGUGCAAGAGGAAGUUGGACAUGUACUUCACCGUAAGAGCCGCCUGCCCCGAGUUCUUCACAAAUAGGGACAUCACAAGGCCGGAGUUAAUGGAACUUAUGAAUAAGGGGCAUGGCCCUACAAUGCCUGGUUUGACACCAGAUGGGAGAAGAGUGUCUAUUUGCAGAGCAAAGGAUUUUAAUUUAGACACCCACCAGCUCAACGAACUUUUUAAGAUAACUCUGAUGAUUGGCGACUUAAGACUCCUGGAACCACUUGAAGGAGUGACCGGUGAAGUAUACAUUCUAGACGCUUCAAUCGUCAGGCCCAGCCACCUAGGAAAGCUCUCACUCUCUGCUGUGAAGAAGUUCUUUAUUUGUGCCCAAGAGGCGUAUCCAGUAAAGUUAAAAGAGUUGCAUGUAAUCAACACAUCUGCCCUUAUCGAUACUGCGUACGGCAUUGUCAAGCCUUUCUUGAAAGAGAAGAUGAAGAAACGGAUAUAUUUCCAUAAAGACUUCACUGGCCUCCACAAGUUCAUUCCUAAAGAAUUACUACCUACAGAAUUUGAUGGUACAGCUGGCUCACUUGACGACAUUCACAAAGUAUGGGUAGAAAAACUGAAAAGCUAUACAGGCUGGUUCAAGAAACAGGAGUCAAUCAAAGCCAACGAAUCCCUGCGGCCAGGAAAGCCCAAAAACUACUAUGAAUUAUUCGGAAUGGAAGGAUCUUUUAGGCAACUAGCUAUCGAUUAA